AUGGCCUUCAGGAACGGGUCCUUCGCGACCUUCCUGAUCGUAUGUCCGGUCUGCUUCUUCCUCGGCAUCAUCUUCUCGCUCUUCCCAUACGACUACCCCAUCCUAUGGUCCACGGCCCCAACACCCACCGCCCACUACGACUACCUCGAAGCACACCUGCGCUUCCUCCACGCCUCCCCGCCCCUAAUCCCACGCAUCCUGCACAUCGUCAUCUUUUUGGGAUUGGCGGGCCUUGUCUCGAAACUCUACAAGCCGUCGGAGAGCAACAUGCUCUUCGACGGCGCCUCGCUCGUCCUCUACAUGUGCGGCAUCACCGUCUACAUCGCCAACAUCGUCAAGGGGCUGCGUCUCGCCUCGGAGGGCAAGUACGGCGAGGAGCUGGCUACCAAUCCCGAGGAGAAGGAGCAGAUCCUUGGCCGGGAAGACUCGCUGAAGGUGCUGUCGGCGAGUAAUACCAUCCUGGCGUUGGUGCUGGUGGGUGUUUUGGUGCUGCAGGCGGGGCAGUGGUAUGCGGAGCGGAAGGAUGCGCAGGAGUAUGAGUCGUUGGCGAAGGUGCGGAAGGAGGGCGGUAGCGCUUCGUCGGCGUCGUCGGCCGGUGCGCCGGCGGCGGCGUCGUCGUCGUCGUCUGGGAAGCCUGGGAGACAGGGGAGUGUGAAGAAGAAGAGCAACUAG